GAACCGUGUGUUCCUCACAAGACAGGUAGUGCGGGCAGGGCACGUACAGGACACGGGUAGCGCGUGCAAGGCAAGGUGUCGGCUGCCAGUCUCAUCCCAGUUGAUUUCAACACCAAUCAAAACCAGUGGAUUCUUAAUCUUCGGAGCAUAAGUUGGGCUGUUGCACAUAACAUACUUCAAGGGACAGACUGUGAGAUACUAACAUUCGAGAUGCAGAUUUUGGGGGUUUUGGUUCUGAUUGCCUUGGCAGGAACAGGACUGGAUGCUGUGAAAAUACCAGGCCCUGCUGCCUCCGCAAAAGCACCUACAGCUGCAGUUGCACCUACAGCUGCACCAGCCACAGGAGCACAAAGCCUGCCGAUCUACCGCCCCAGCCAACCCGCAACAAAGCCCGCAGUCAACUCCGCAGCCGGCUCCGGAGGCUACAACCCCUAUCUUAGCCAUCCAAGCAGUCCCUUCAGAGGAAUUAACCCAUUGUUUCUCGACCCUGACUUGAUCUACCCAGAUCCUCUCAUCGACUACCCACUGGAUCCCCUUGGACAUGGUCUGGGUCAUCUGAAUCCACUUGGUCCCGGGGCACAUCUGUCACCUUUGGCAUCUCUUGGAAUUGGUGAAUCCGUGUAUGGCGACCUCCACCCAUCCAGUGAAUACCUCCUUCAAGAGGCUUUGCUGCGUCGCGCUUACGGAGCACCAAAACCGACCCCAGGCGCAGCCCCAGGAGCAGGAGCCCCAGGAGCAGGAGCCCCAGGAGCAGGAGCCUCUGGAGCCAUCAACAACGGAGGUUAUAACCCAUACGACACCUUCCUUGAUCAAUAUCUUAUCAACUACUAAGAAACAUCUUCACGCCAUAUUGAUCAGCGAUUAAAAUAUAAAUGUGGAUUUACAAUAAAUUAAAACCUAAUU